AUAUUCCACUUCUCCAUAACAGGAGUGUGUGUUAAAGCAGUGAGCGGUGUGUGAUGUGUUAAUACAGUGGAGUGAACUCGGAGUGUGGAGAUCUCAGCUGGAGAUGAAGUCUAAAAUGGAGGCUGAACUAAACCACAGAACAGAACAAUAAUGUCGGACAUGUUAGAGAAGACUCCUACACGCCUUUUAGUAAAAUCAGAUUCUUAAUGAUAAUAUAAACGUCCAUUUCUGCAGGACACUGAGAUGGUCAGUGAGUGGACCAGCGUGGACAUUAGCAUGGAGUAACAUCUCCACACACCAGAGAACAUCCAGUCAAUCAGUUUUCUUCACAACCAUCCUGUUUCUCCUCCUUCAUUCCAGCAUCACUCUGCACUGUCUCUCCUCCUCCACCAUGCAGCAGUCCUUCAGCAUUCAUCAGUGUGUCCUGUUCCUCCUCAUCCUCACAUUCACCACUGCACCAACUCUGGCCUCCACUUCUGUAACAGUGAAACUACGUCAGUCUGCUACACUAUCAUGCAAUUACAAAUGUUCUGGUGUUGUCAAAUGGACCAUGUUCCAUGAUCCAGCCCAUAUUCUGGCUCAGUGUGAUCAGACACAGUGCAGCUCAGAGAGGGGAUAUGAAGUGUCUCAUGAACAGUACCUGAAGGGAAAUCUUCAUCUCACCAUCCCUGCAGUAGAUUACAGUAAACGUGCCUUAUACACAUGUGUGUGUGAUGGUGUAGAGGCCUGUGAUGUGCGUCUCAUCAUUGAACCCCUGGCUUUAUCUGUUCAGUUAAGCCCUGGUGAAGCUCUGGUGAUGGAUUUGCCCGUACCAGAGCCAGUGGAGGUGAGGUAUAAGGCCAGAGGUUCAGCUGAUUUAUACGGUGCACAGAUCUGUACAGUGACUCAACGGUCACUACACUGUAACCCUGAAUACACACCCAGAGCAUCACUCAGUUACCCCAACAUUACACUGAGAGACGUGAACGUGUCUGAUAGUGGAACCUACUCCAUCCGGGACAGGAAGAACGAGGAAGUCAUCCACAUAUACACACUCAUUGUGAACGUGGUCCAGCCAGAAACAGUGAAGAAGCCGGAGAGUCCCUGGUUGAUUGGCGUGCUGGUGGGGACCUUACUGUUACUGAUCCUAGUCAUUGUAGUGUGUGUGGUGAAGAAUCAGCGUAUAAAUCGUCUUAAGCAGGAAAACGCAGAGCUGGAGGAAAUUAUUAAACUAAAUGAUUCUGGGACUCAGGUGACUCAGUUUAAUCAGAGCCGACGGAGAUCCAACAGCGAUGUAGGACCAUUGGUGAGGCAGAUGUUAGAGAUAGAGAAGCUCAUACAGCGCUACAAAACUGAAUCAGUGAGAAAAUCUCAGAGCUUGCCGAACCUGAACAACACACAAGUGGUGGAAAUACUGAUGAGCAAGAAGUCAGAAAUGGAGGCAGAUGUACAGCGCAUGCAGAAAUCAGAGCAGGACACAAUCAGCAAGUGGUGGAGAUUGAGAAGACCAGAACUGGACACCAUCAUUGAGCACUGGAGAAAUAAUGACACAGAACUGGACCAGCUCAAACAGAUGGAACAAAGUUCUAGAGAGUCACACUAAAACAAUCACCUGAAAUCUGUUUCCCAGUGAGCACCACAGCGAGUACCACAGCACACAAUGGCCACGGGCUGCACUUUCCAGAAAACACAGUGUUCUACAUGCACUGGUAUAGUUUUUGAUCAUUCUCGCUGUGAGCUGUAUUUGUCUGUUGUAAACACUUCUAUCACGUCUCAGUAUUAAUUGUGAGAAGUCAGAUGAUUAAAUGCAUGCUGUGAAUGCAAAAAACAACAUGCUCAAGUUCCUUUAUAUUUUACUACACUCAUUUGCUCAUUUACUACAUAUAUUCAUUACCUUAUGCAGUUAAUCAGCCUUAGACCUGCACAGUUUGAUUUACUUUAAUUAACAUGCAGUUUUAUAUCCAGUUAAAUUCUCUAACAUGAUCAGCACAAAUACCUUAAAACCAUGUGUCCAAGCAUGAAGCGAUUUUUUUUUUUUACAUGUCAGUGACUUGGCCUGGGUUGCUGUACAACUUGUGUUGUUGUUCUUUCGGCUGCUCCCUACAUGUGAGGGGUCGCCACAGCAGACCAACUGGUCUGCACAACAAUUUGGUGCAGGUUUCACACCAGAUGCCCUUCCUGACGCAACCCUCCCAUUUUAUCCGGGCUUGGGACCGGCACUGCAUCCAGUGGCUGGGGUGUGGGCACUGGCUGGGAAUUGAACCCGGGCCUUCCACAUGGUAGGCAAGAACCCUACCACCCAUGCUGUACAACUUGUGUAAAUAUGUGUAAAUGUUAAUAUCAUUUGAUUGUGUUUUAUUUAUGAUGGAUUGCUUUUAAAAAUAAAAAUUUCUCUAUUUUCUGUA